UUUCUGAAAAAGCAGCAGAAAUUCGGGUCUCAAAUAUUUCUUUUUUCUUCUCUUUUCAAAGUCAAUUUAAAAUCUGUAAUGUAGGUUUGUUUGAUUAUAUUAAUUCUUUUUAUUUCCAGUUUUAAUUUUGACUCAUCUUCCAUUAUUUUUUUACCGUAAAUAUGGAUUGACGAGGUUUUAUCAUAGGAGAAGAUCCGGAUCGCCGGUGGAAUUCCGGCGAUCAUUUCCAAAGGGUUUCCAUUGGUCAAAACCGUCUGGCGUCGUAAAGUUAAAUGGGAUUGAAAGACGGAAAUGGAAGUCAUAAGCAGUCAAAUUUGAAUGUAGAGGAUGCUGAAAGGAACGGAAUCAGUAAUUCGAAUUCAACUAAGGAAAACACAAAACAUGAUGAUGGUGUUGUUGGGUCUGGACCUCAAAACGGUGAAAAUUUAAAGAAAAAUGAAGAUAAUUUGCCGGCAAAAGAAAAAUUAUAUAAAGAUGGAAAAGAAGAUGAUGAUUUAGAUGAUUCUCAAAGUUCUUCUUUUGGUUCAUCUUUAUCUUUGAAAGUGCCUUCUUCUGAUGAUGAUUAUCCGUUGUCAUCUCCGUCUUCUUCAUCAACUACAUUCUCACUGCGAAAAGAUGUAUUGCAAAAGCACAAUAAUAUUCAACAAGGUUUUAAUAAGAGAAAGAAUAAUAAUAAUGUUGCUUUCGCUGCAGUAGAAGAUCGUGAAGAUAAGGCGUCACAAAGUAAAUCUUCAAUAUCAGUAGAAUCAGAGACUAGCUCUUUAGAGUCACUAACAUUUCCAGUUUCUGACUUAAAGGCUGUUAUGAAAUCCCCUCCUCCACUUCAACUUAUGGAUAAAGCAGGAGCAGGAUAUGAUCCUCAAAGGAUUCCAUCAAAUGUAUUUGAAGCAAGUGUAUCUAUGGCGACAGUUGAUUGGAGUGCUGCUUCUAAUGAGUCUUUAUUUAGCCUUCAGAUAGGAACUAGUUUUGCUAGAGAGCGCAUUCCUCUGGGUGAAAAUAAGCAUGGAGUUUCCUCUCGUAUUUCAAUUGCAGAGACAGGUAAUCGUCCUUCAGUUAAUACAGAGAAGGAAAAGAAAAAUAAGAGUAUUAAGAUCGGUAAAGUAAAUGAAGCAGCAGAUGAAAAUGCAAUAACAAAAGCUAACGAAGAAGAAGAAGAUCAGAAAGAGGAUAUUGCAAUAGCUAAUAACAAAGAAGACAAGAAACAGAAAAAUAAAACAACUCUUGUAAAAUGGAAAUCUACAACCGUUCCUAAAAAACCAGAUGCAACUGGAAUUUCUGAAGACAGUGCAGGCUCACAGGUAAAAAAGGAGAACUGUACAUGUUCUUCGUCCUACUGUUCGAAUUGUAGCCGGGGGUGCUGUUCUAAUUGUAGCUGCGCGUCUUGCAAUUGUUGGAACUGUACCCAAAACAGAUGGUUUUUGUGUGGAUUUUGUCAACCUCCCAAAUCUGUAUCAGAUGGGGUAAAAGUUUCUCCAAAAGUAGUUUCUAGUGAGCAGCCACCAUUGUCAACUUCCCGCAGUUGGUGGAAUUGUUUUUCAUGCCAUUUCUGUAGUUGUUCUUCGUGUAAACCUUGUACUCGUUCUUUUUGCUGCCCAUGGAGUUACUAUUCAUAUGACUUUUCUAGUUGUUGUUCAUGUAAGCCUUGUAGUUGUCUUUCAUGUCAAUCUUGUAGUUGUUCUUCAUGUUUCCCUUGUAAAUUUUCUUCAUGUUCCUCAUCUAGUUGUUGUUCCUCACGUUUGCCAUCCAAUUGCUGUUGCUCAUGUAACGCAUGUAAUUUUUCGUGUUCUUCUUGUUGUCCAUUUAGAUCGAUUUCUUGUCGCCUCUGUUGUUGUCCUACAUGUCCACAUUGCAGUUGUUCGCGUAAGCUAUGGAGAUGUUCUUGUCAUCACAAAUGAGAAUAUAGAAUCUUCAAAAUUCUAUCUGUAUAUAUGUUGAUAGAUGAACUCUAGGAAGAAACUGUAUUUGAGGUGAUUAUUAUUAUUAUUUUAUUUUUUGAGAUAA